CUGGAAAAGAAGCAAGCAACAACUGUGAACUGUCUGUUUGAUCGACAAGAGCAAGAGGAGAACAAUCGAACGGGAGCCAAGACCAAUCGCAAGCACGAAGAUGGGCUUUGAAGCUGUGCGCGUUCCGGACGCCUCCACACGCAUCUACAAGGAUGAGUGUGUGCUCACCUUCAAGACCUCGGAGAGCGAGGGCGGCCUGUUCGUGUGCAUGAAGACCUUCCUUGGCUUUGCCAGGAUGUGUCUUGACGCAUACUUUGCCAAGACGAUGAACGACGUCUUCCUGCGCAUCAAGACGACCAAAGUCAAGAAGCCAGCCGAGGAGGAGGACGAGGCCGAUGCCGCGAAGAAACCCACCAAGAUGGCCAUCGGUGUUGAAGGCGGCUUUGACGUGGACGAUGCCGACAAGUACGAGUUCCACCACGAGUACGCCGUCGUCACUCUUCCCGACAUGAAGGAAUACCCUCUCGACAGCCCAGAACUCCCAGACAACGUAAAGGCGAGUGCUGCUGCGAUUGUUGCAUUUGACUCUGCGCAGUUCAAAGACGAGACGGCGGCGUGGGAGGAGCAGCGGCAGGUGUCCAAGCACGCAGCAGACCUCGCCCAGCUCGACAACGGCAUCAAGGUGCCACCAGGCAACUACAAGUGUGAGAAGUGCGACAUCACGGACAACCUGUGGUUGAACCUGACUGAUGGCUCCAUUCUCUGCGGCCGCCGCUUCUUCGACGGGAGUGGCGGGAACAACCACGCUGUGGAUCACUUCAACGAGACCGGGUAUCCGCUCGCCGUCAAGCUCGGCACCAUAACUCCAGAGGGUGCAGACGUUUACUCGUACGCUGAGGACGACAUGGUGAUUGACCCGCAGCUUGACAAGCACCUCGCCCACUUUGGCAUCAACAUCCUCGAGCAGAAAAAGACUGCGAAGACGAUGACUGAGCUUGAGAUUGAGGCGAACGAGCGGCUGCAGUUUGAGUUUGACGCCAUCCAGGAGUCGGGCGUCACCCUCGAGCCCGCAUACGGCCCAGGCCACACCGGCAUGAAGAACCUUGGCAACAGCUGCUACAUGAACACGGUGCUGCAGGUGCUCUUCAGCCUGGAGGAAGUGGCGGCCACAUACGGCACGUCUGCCCUCGACCGUUUCCUCGCAAAGAACGUCGACAACCCCGUCACAGACCUCAACAUCCAGCUGCACAAAGUCGGGUACGGGCUUGUCUCUGGCGACUACUCGUCGCCGCCGGCCGAAGAGGAGGACGCGCCCGGCAUCACGCCGCGCAUGUUCAAGGACGUCGCAAACAGCGGACACGCAGAGUUCUCGUCAGGCAGGCAGCAGGAUGCGAUGGAGUACUGGGCAUACCUGAUGGACAAGCUGCAGAAGGACGCGCGCAAGGAGAAGGAGCUUGACGUGUCGACGCUGUUCUCGUUUGACGUCGAGGAGCUGGUGCGCUGCAACGCGUCAAACAAGGUGCGACUGUCGGCCCACCAGGAGGGCCACCUCGCUGUCCCCGUCACCAUGGAGCUCAUGACCAACAAGGACGAGUACGACGCAUACAAGGCCCGCACAGCAACCGCAGGCGACGCCGCAAAGGACGAGCCUGUGGUUCGGCCUGCGUUUGAUCUGUCGGCGCUGAUUGAGGCGUCGUUCCAGCCGCAGCAGGUGGAGGACUGGUACAGCCCCGCCAUCCAGGCAAAGACGUCAUGCACCCAGACGCAGGGGUUCAAGACUUUCCCAAAGUAUCUUGUUGUUGCGGUGAACAAGUUCUACCUCGGCGACGACUGGACACCAAAGAAGCUCGACAUGUCGCUGCAUGUGCCGGACGAGCUUGAUGUGACGCAUCUCCGCUCGAAAGGCAAACAGGAGGGCGACGAGGACCUGCCAGAGGAACCAGCAGAGCAGCAGCAGCAGCAGCAGGUGCAACUUGACGAAGGCAUGGUGACGCAGCUUGCCAGCAUGGGAUUCCCACUGGAAGGAUGCAAGAAGGCUGUCUUCCACAACCCGCAGAAUUAUUUUACAUCGGAGAGCCCUCCUUCACAUGGACUCUUCUGUCGCGAGUUAGUAGAGGGUAGCAACUCCUACGCCGGACCCCCCGCAACGGGCAUGCAUGGUACCGCCUGA